UGUUGAGCAAAUCUACCUCCUGCACUAGAGAGCUCCCUAGUUACCGUAUCCAUACACAAAGCGUCUCUCCCACGUGGAUAGCGGCGCGUCGUGAACGAUGGAGUGUAGAUGUGCAACAGCUAAAGCACCGUCGGAGAAGAAGGAUUGCCAAGUUAGCUUCCCAGCUAUCCAAGGAUAUAACUGUCCUCCAUCAGGCGUCAUGGAGUAUUUGGGUCACACCCAAACAUCGUCCUACAUGACGGGACCGAGGUUGGGUGGAAGCAACUACCAAACCUUCCUACCCACCGUGGGCACGAUGCAAGGUUCUUACAAGGCCGUCGAUAGUUACCCUGCCCCGUCUCCUUUGCGGCGGUCUCUGACAACCCUCCCGUGGAAACCCAGUACUUACUAUCAGACGGCAAGGGUUCUCCCAAGCACCGCCAUCACCCGCAGCAUUCCAGAGCCAAUGUCCACUAGGAACCAGCUGAGCGAAAUUGACAGUAUAAAGGUGCCACCAGUGUUCGCCGCGGCUAGAAAUGCACUGUACACAAGAUAUUCCCCCAGAGACUGGAUGCAUUCCAACCAAACAAACUACUUGUCCUCAGACCGGGUUCGAAACGCCGCCGAGCGCCUCCGUCUUGAUACGGUACGCCUUUGUAAAGAGACCGACGAUAAGACGAAACGAACGCAAAGUGAGGUAGGAAAGCGUCUAGGGAACAGGCUUGGUGAUAUACAGUUCUGGAAGUCCGAGCUUAUCCACGAAACGGAUUUGAUGAUAACAGAGACGAAUGCGUUGAACGAGGCGAAGCGUCUUCUAGAGCGCGCAUUACAGGAGACAGAGAACCCUCUGCACGUCUCACAGGAGUGUCUGUACAACAGGGAGAAGCGGCAGUCCAUUGACCUGGUGCAUGACAACGUCGAGAAGGAGUUGAUCAAGGAAGUUGAUGUUAUCAAACGAUGUCAGGAGAAAAUGAGGAAUACGAUUGAACGUGCGACAAACCAACAAAGCUUGAACCGAGCUGCUCAGCAUGAACUGGAAACGGAUGAGAGGGACAAGUUCUUGGCAAAACAGGUGGAUGACUCGUGUCAUAAAAUGAGGAACACUUCUCGUGGGCUUGGCUACCACAACGGCGUGGAAACCAUUGAUACCACAGUCUCAGUGCCUGAAACCUGGGCUCAGUUCAGCAACAACAACAUUCAGCGUUCCCAGAGUGAGCGUGCUGCCUCCAAACAGAUGAGGAACGAGAUUGAGAGUGUGCUGAACCAGUGUGCGAAUGAGAUGUGGCAGCAGUGGAACGCCGUGAACGUUUGUCUGACUCAGCGAGUGCAGGAAAGCACAGACGCCAGGAACAAGCUGCAAACCCACCUUUCCAAGGUGCUCCAAGAGAUUUUCGAUAUGGAGAAGAACAUUGAGCUGUUAAAGAAGUCUAUACAAGAUAAGGAGGCACCAAUGCAGGUGGCCCAGACCCGCUUGGAUACCCGGCUCAGGAGGCCUAACAUUGAGCUGUGCAGGGAUGCCGUCCAGCACAGAUUGGUCGAGGAGGUUUCUGAGAUCGGCGAGACUGUGGAUACCUUGUAUACGAAGCUGCGGUUGGCUGAGAGCGCAGUGCAGGAACUUCUCCGCACGAAGUCCACUCUGGAACAGGACCUGUCAGUCAAGAACAACAGCAUCUUCAUCGAUAGGGAGAAGUGUGUGGGCAUGCGCAAGACGUUCCCUAUGUCUCCACGUAUUGUGUGCUGUUAAGGAAGGAAAUGAUUUCUUGUAAUGUACUUUCUAAACUUGAUUAUUCACGUUUUUGUUUUAAAUUAGAUGAGACCAUGCACUGUUAAAUAACUUCAUUGGGUAUGUAUAACACAACUGCAAAAUGUAACUUCGCAAUCAUUGUAAAAUUACAAAGAUUUUUUAUUCAACAACUGCUGAUUUCAUAACUUAGACAAGUAAGACUUAUUAGGAGAAUAUUAAGUAAUGGAUGUUGGACUUAUUGACUGGAGAGGCUGGAUCCACUCACACUAAACGCUCCUAACAUUAUGUGCAGGUAACUGCCAUGGUGACCCCAUGCUUACAUUGCUGCUUGCCAUGGUAAUAUCGUGCACAAGCACAACGCUAACAAUGCUUUGUCGAAGCGGGCCUACUGGCCUGUACUUCAUAAAACACAGGCAUCAUAGGUCUGUUUGUAAAUAAGUAAGUUAUGAUAUACAUUAUUGCCAACAUUUUCCCGAUUUUCGCGUCACUUGUACAUCUUGUAAAUACAGAUCUUUUUUUUUUUUAUUCUAUAAAUAUUUCUUGUCAGUAUUUUCGGAACUGAGUGUAGGGAACGCCGGCUUUUUCCCCGUUCCUGCUGGUGUAGUUGAUAUUUAGUGCCUGAAUGUGGCGCAUGCGCGUCCACUUGGAUCUGAGAUACCACAGGUCUCUGUGAUAAUGAUAUAUCCUCUCCACUUAUUUUCGCUGUAAUCAGUAUUCCACUCACUCGUUUACAAGAUCUGUAUUAAUUGUGUAGAUUUGAUAAUAAAUAUUUUGAAUGCCGUGAUCA